ACAUGCACACACACACGAGCAUGAGUCAGUGCAGUAGAGGAGUAGUGGAGCGCGCAUGAGAGAGAGAGAGAGAGAAAGCAGCUCGAGAGGAGGGAAAAAGCAGCAGCAGCAGCGAGAGGACUCGCGCUACUGCUGUAUACGUGCGGAUAUAUCAGAAGCACGCUGACGUGCGCCAGUGAGUCGUGACUUUGCGCAGUCAGGCUUUGCGUUCGUAGUCGCGUGGGCCACGUUGGCCCAAGAGCAUGCCCAAGAGCGAAUACGCGUGCCGUUGCAGACUGCUAUCUUCUCUCCUCCGACUCUUCCCAUGCAGCAGCGCAUCCAACUGCGAUUCUCAAUUUUGCUACUAACGCUACACCAGCCGAGCCAAAAAAUAAGUAGUCUCCCCCGAGGCCUCUCUGCAAGCACACGCGACGUCAAGGAGUAGAGGCGCAGCUGACGCCUGUUUCGCUGCUGCUGAUCGAUCUGGCCGAGCGUUAGAUUAUCCAGCGAGCUCACACAUGUUCAUCCCGGACGGGUUAAGGAGCUGCAUGGUGGAACCGGAUGUGUCGACUUACCUCCAGGCACCCUCGGUCGGCCAGGAUGAGUUCCAUCCAUUCAUUGAGGCUCUUCUACCAUACGUGAAGUCCUUCUCGUACACUUGGUUCAACUUACAGGCGGCCAAGAGGAGAUACUACAAGAAGCACGAGAAGCGGAUGAGCCUCGAGGAGGAGCGCCAGUGCAAAGAAGAAUUACAGAACGAGAAGCUCGAGGUGAAGCAGAAAUGGGCGUCGCGACUGCUGGGCAAGCUGCGCAAGGACAUCACCCAGGAGUACCGGGAGGACUUUGUGCUGAGCAUCACGGGCAAGAGGCCGGCCAUGUGCGUCCUCUCGAAUCCCGACCAGAAGGGCAAGAUGCGGCGCAUCGACUGCCUGCGCCAAGCUGACAAGGUCUGGCGGCUCGACCUCGUCAUGGUGAUCCUGUUCAAGGCGAUACCCCUGGAGUCGACGGACGGCGAGCGCCUCGAGAAGACGGCCGAGUGCGCCCAGCCGGGCCUCUGCGUCAAUCCCUAUCACAUCAACGUGUCGGUCAGGGAGCUCGACCUCUACUUGGCCAACUUCAUCACGAGUCACGAAGUAUUAAACGGUAUCUGCAACACGUCCAAGGAGGAGGAGAGACGGCGAAAAGGUGCAAGCUACCACGAACUGUAUAACGGUGUCGUGUGCAACGACACGAUCCUCGCGACUGGCGUCUUCAGCUCCAAAGAGCUUUGGAUGCUUUCAAAAGCGUCGAUUCUGCACGACCUCGGCGAAGUGCCGCCUCAAAUAAAUGCCAUCAAAAUAGAAAACCCGUACUACUGCAGCAGCUACACGCCACCGUCGGCGGCCACGGCAGCCGAGCACGCCGGACAGCCUCAGCCUAGCUUCACUCGUUUUUUCGCAGGCCCGCCGCCGGUGCAUCAGCUCAUACGCAACGACAAGACUGAUCAUCCGAAGACGCCGUCUCAGCAGCAAGCCGCCCAGGUGACGGUCUCCAACGCGCCGACCUUCUCGCCGGUGCUCAGAUCCGACCAGGACAAUAACGGACCGGCACCGUGUCAUCGGCCCAUGGACUCGCCUCACUCGCAAACUGGCCUCCACUCUCCGCACGAGUCGGCGCUAUCGUCGCAGCAGCAGCAGCAACAGCAGCAACAGCAGCAGCAACAGCAACAGCAGCAGCAGCAACAGAGCAUGUCGAGUCUCGCCUACUACCAGCCGGAGCAUCCGGGCAGCGCCGGCAGCGGCGUCGUCAAGUACCCGGAGAACGGCCACGACACCCUCUCGGACUUUGUGACGUUCGUCUGCCAGGAGGCCGAGAACAGCCAGCAGCUGCCGCAGUUUUCACAGUAUUACCCGAGCUCGAUGCUGCCGCCGCCGCCGCCCGCCCCGAUGGCCCGGCCCGUGGCCAUAAUCCGCUCGACGGGCGAGCUCACGGCCAGCAGCGUCGUCGGCCACGGCUCCAGCAGCCACGGGAGCGCCAACUCGCCGGUGAGCGCCGCCUCGCCCUGCGGCAGCGAGCACUCGUCCGAGCUGCAGGUGAACGCGGCCGUGGCGGCGGCUGCCGCCGUCCAGGACCAGAUGGCCGCUGCGGGCUUGGUCGGCGCGAGCUGCCAGUCCUCGCCGAUCGACCCGAGCGGCAGGAAGAGCCCCGCCAGGAUACUGGUCGCGGCGCCGCCCCACACCAGCCGAGAGUACACCUUCGCCCACUUCCACUCGCAGCCUGGACAGCAAAUAUUCACCUAUCCCGGCAUCGGCUCCAUGUCCGGGGUCAUAUCGCCGACGAACCUGUCGCUCUUCUCCUCGGCUCCGGUCUCGGUCUCGUCGAGGCCCAAUCCGCACCAUCAGCGCUCGCCCAUGUCGAACAUCGGGCCGCCGCCGCGCUGGAACGCAGCGGCGCCUUUCAUCAACCUCGAGGAUGAUUACAAUAUGAUAGCGCCGAUUAUCACCGGUGCGACGAGCGAGCAGCAGCAGCAGCAGCAGCAGCAGCAGACACCCACAGCAAUGGAGGAAGACAGAUACUUUCACCCCGUCCAUACGAGCAACGUCGUGGUCGAUAAAAACGGCAACACGGGCUUGAUAGGCAGCGAUCUCGGCGUCGGCGCGGAUCCCAAUUCACACCAUCAUCACCAUCACCAGCAGCAGCAGCAACAGCAGCAGCAGCAGCAGCAGCAAAUCAUGCAGGAGAAAUUGGGCAGACCAAAGUCCCCCCCGUGACACUGGAGGAACGUUAGCCACGUGAUGACGCCGUCGCCAACGAAGGAUAUGUCGCGUCGCUGCUGCUUGGCUCGUUGAGCGCAUCCAAACGAUGCGCCUCUACAUGUACAUAAUAUGAACCAGAUCAAAUGAACAAAAAACACCAUCGCGUAAAUACGUUGUCUAGGUAUAUAAGUGUAAAUUAAUUAUUAGUAUCCUCCCCGAGUACCCCCGUCCCUUUCCGAUCGACCUCUUCCCCGUAAUCCCCCUCCUUACAAUGUCUUCUCUGUAAACUCUUGGUGAAAAAUUUUCGAGUAUUCUUGAGAGGAGCGGUGUCGAGAUUUUUUCCUUUACGCUUUUGUACUAUGCAAAGUUACCGUAGAAUAUUUAUUACGAAAAAGCAAACCGCGACAAAAAGGAAUUUUUACGAGCAAAUAUAUAUUGUGCCAAAAAAAUAAAUAAGCGAAUUUUUGUAUUCGGUCUUUGAUAAGAUUUUGUAUGAAGAUUUCAUCGGCUAUGAACGAACGUUUGCGUCGUACAAAGAUAUACGGCAAGCGACGAAUACUUUUACUCGAAAAUUUUCACUCGAGCUGAUCGGUACGUAGUUGUUAGGCUUGUACGCUUGAAUCGCGCUAAAGCUCUGUAUUUGUAAGUGAAAAACAAACGUUAGGGAAAAUUUAUAUAAGCUUGUUUCGAUGAUUAUUACGUAUAAUAAUGGUAAUUGCAAGAGUCUUGAUAGUGCCACUCAGUCUUCCAAGUCUCUUUAAAAAAGCUCUCGUAUGGCUUGAUAAUUUUACGACGUUAAGGUGUUAGUCAUGUAACGAUUGCAUUCGUAGUUUGCCUCAAUACUUAUCUUUUAAUUAUCUCACGCGUAAACACACACUCAUACACUGAGCGAACAGUUCACUAUAAACCGCUGUGCGCGCCAACGGCGCCACAUCGAAACACCAUGCGCAAACUGAUUUUCGCCAUGCGUGCACUAUCUUUGUUUCGGCCGAGUUCCCCUCUACAAUUAUCGUGCGGCUAUCAUGGUCAUUCCUCGUGUACGCACUUGAUUUUGCCGUGCAGAGACCGCGGAUUUGGCGGGCAUUACACCGUCGUCUCGUGGUAUACGCAGCGUGCUUAACCUACGACGCAAUUUUACUUGUGUUCUAGUAUUAUUGUGAUUGUGAUUGGACUUGUUUUAUAGUAUUGUUAUGAUAGUGAUUGGAUAUUUAUAUUAUUAUGGAUCCAUCUAUUAACUCAUUACUAACAAGUUGGAUGCUGGAUGACUUGUCAUAUUAUAUGCUUCGUAAGUAAACUUUAACAUUUUCAAAGUCAUUUCAUCUAAUCAUUGAUUUUAUCAUGUUCGAUCGUGUUUUACAGUUCAUGAAAUUACUUACGAGGAAUUUAUUAAUUUAAGUAAAAGCAAAAUAGACUUAAUAGUACCUGAUAGCCACAGUACAUCUAGGAAUAAACUUAAUAAUGUAUUAGAACUGUAUCGAAAAACUUUGAAUUCUCAAAAACCGGUUCUCGCAGAUGUAUCAAAUCUCAAUCAAAAUGCUUCUAGUAACGAUUGCUAUUACGAAACUUCUAAAGUCCCUACUGAAAGAGAUAAAUUUAAAGAUUAUCAAGAUUUUUAUACACAAAGUAAUUUCUACUCAAAAUUUCUAUCUCUUUCACUUUUGAAAUUUGCACAUUAUUUACUAAUGAUAUUUUCUUAUAUACUCAUUCAUAGUACAAAAAAAUAAAAGAAUGUACAAAUUAUUACAUCAUGCUGAUUGCUUAUGGGGCAGUAUUAUUCUAUAUAUGUAUGCUUAUCAGGGCAACAUUUCAUCAUUGAGGGACGAGCUGAGUAAAAUAUUAGUGGAUGCAGAGCUUGAUAAAACAAAAGAGAGUACACUACCAUUUCACAUUCCCUCUAAGGUGUUCCAAAGUCUCAGUCAAGAAAUAGUAGAUUUUUUCCCAUGUGAAGAAAAAAAAGUAUAUUAUGAUUGUAGCUAUACUUUAUCAAAAGAAAACAGAUUAAGUAAUAAUACUAAUACUAAAAAUAAAAAAGGAA